ACCCUCUCACUAGACCAUCCCCAUCUCUCACUAGCUAGCUAGCUCUGAUAUCCUACACCGGCCUUAGCAAAUAGCCAUAUAUACCCUUAAGGAUAAGCUCCAUGGCAUCCAAGAUCCUCGUGUUUCUCUUGGCCAUCAACCUCCUCUUCUUCACGACGGCCAAUGCCUGCGGCUGCGCGUGCGGCAAAUGCCCGACGCCGCCGCCCCCGGCCCUCCCGCCGCCGCCGCCUCCGACUCCAACUACUCCGUCCUACCAUAACAAGUGCCCCGUGAACACGCUCAAGUUCGGGGCCUGCGCCGACGUGCUGGGCGCCAUCAGCGGCGAGGUCGGCCAGGUGCCCGCCCAGCCGUGCUGCAGCCUCAUCAGCGGCCUCGCCGACCUCGAGGCCGCCGUCUGCCUCUGCACGGCCAUCAAGGCCAACGUGCUCGGCGUCGUCGUCAACAUCCCGGUGAAGCUGAGCCUCCUUGUCAACUACUGUGGCAAGUGCGUCCCCAGUGGCUACACCUGCGCUUAAACAAACUUGAUGCAUAUAUAUAUGCGUGGCUAUCUACACUCGUAGCCGCCGCCGCCGCCGCCUGUGCACGCUUGCAUAGUUGCAUUUACGCUGCAUUUAUAUGUGCAUGCAUGCAUAUAUAGCUAUACCACCGUUGAUCUUCUGUCGCAAACGUUCCACCGCGGUUCUGCAGAACUAGAGCCGUUCCAGUCGAUCGAGUGUACACUUAUUGGUGUGUAUUUGUUUCAUAAAUUUGCUACGGGUUUGAUCGUUUGUUCUGUUUACAAAGGUUGCAAUAAGUUGGAGUCAUUAUAUCGUGUAUUUGUAAUAGCACGAAUUUGAAAGUUGUGAAUCGUUAAUAUAUUUUCUUAUUGUCCUGUC